AUGACAGCAAAGUUGAAGAUCCCGGGAGUUGAUGCUCCACCAUUUGAGGUGCGGGACGGCCUCCGGCAGGGUUGCUGCAUGACACCAGUACUCUUCAAUCGGUUGAUGUGGGCCGUUUUCCAGCAGUGGCAUCGUGCUGUUGCCGACAUUCCUGGCGUUGGUAUUCCUGUGGCAACAAACCCUGGGAGCAGUCUACUAUUCAGUCGGAAGUCAACAGACAAGAGCAAGGUCCAUCGCGAGUGUCAAUUUGCAGAUGACUCUGCUCUGCUGGCUACCAUUCAUGAUGGUGAACAGCGGGCCCUUGACCAAUUCAUACAUGUAGCGUAUUCUUUCGGCUUGACAGUCAACCUGGACAAGACAAAGGUGAUGGCUGCUGGAUAUUUACUCGCGGAAGCAGACCGGCUGCCCCUGGACGUGGCGGGUGAGGUGGUCGAGUAUGUAGAUAGUUUCCGGUAUCUUGGCUCUCUCCUCCCCACGAAUGGCCGAUCUACCCCAGAUAUCAGCUCGCGCAUUGCCGGUGCAUCACGUGCAUUUGGAGCCCUGCGCCAGCCGGUUUUCACUGACAGCAACCUCUCACUUGCUACGAAGCGGCUUGUUCCCCAGCUCUAUCCUAUGUCAUUCACGCUGGAACUGCUGCUGCAUAGCCCCAAGUCUGAAUACUUGGCAACUUCACGUCUGCACCUGACUCUUGCGCUAUGA